AUGACAACCUUUAUCCCGGCCCUGACCCUACCCCACCAGGUCUUCGAGAAUGCCGCGGCUUCGAUCCUGCUCCCCAUAGCUUUGGGAACCGCCGUUGGCUACUCUACAAGACCCAAAGCCACGCAAAAAACCUAUGCCGCAAUCAAGAACCCCCCUUACCGCCCUCCCCCAUGGGUCUUUGGUCCGGCCUGGACACUCCUUUACGGUCUAAUGGGCUACGCUGCACACCGCGCCAUCAACACCGGCCUCUCUCCCUUCUCCUCCAUCGAGCACAUCAACAUGACCAAGCAGGGCGCGACUCUUUACACUAUCCAGCUGGGCCUUAAUCUCAUCUGGAUGCCCCUCUUCUUCGGCCUCAAACGCCCCAUCGAGGCCACUGUCGACAUUGUCGCCCUCCUCGGCGUCAACACCUACCUCACCUACCUCUGGGGCUCCGUGGACGCCGUCGCCGGCGCCUGCCUCGUCCCUUACCUCGGUUGGCUCUCCUUCGCUACCUACCUCUGUGCCGGCGCGGGGUACCUGAAUGACUGGGACCUCAAGGGUGCCGAGGAGCGCGCCGCCGCUGCCGCAGACAAGAAGCAGUAG